CAUCUGACGCACCUGUGUGGAUCCUCUCAGCUCACCUGAAACCCACAGAACACAGACUUUCCUGAACUGAGGGUCUGCUGUGGAGACGUCUGAUGUCCAGGAGGAAGCACAAACAGCACAGUCAUGGUCAUUCUACAGCAGGGCGACUAUGUCUGGCUGGACCUGAAGACGGGUGGGGAAUUUGAGGUCCCGAUCGGAGCCGUGGUGAAGCUCUGUGAUUCUGGUCAGAUCCAAGUCCUGGAUGAUGAAGGAAGUACGUACACCGGGUCCAUCUUAGUGGCUGUGAACCCGUAUCAGCUGCUGCCCAUCUAUACGGCAGACCAGAUUCGCCUCUACACCAACAAGAAGAUCGGAGAAAUGCCUCCACACAUCUUCGCCAUCGCCGACAACUGCUACUUCAACAUGCAACGCAACAAUAAAGACCAGUGCUGCAUCAUAAGUGGUGAGUCUGGAGCAGGAAAAACAGAAAGUACCAAGCUGAUCCUGCAGUUUCUGGCUGCUAUCAGCGGGCAGCACUCCUGGAUCGAGCAGCAGGUGCUGGAGGCCAAUCCCAUCUUAGAAGCCUUUGGGAACGCUAAAACCAUCCGUAACGACAACUCCAGCCGCUUUGGGAAAUACAUCGACAUCCACUUCAACAAAAGAGGAGCCAUAGAGGGAGCAAAGAUCGAGCAGUACCUUCUGGAGAAAUCCAGAGUGUGUCGACAGGCCCGUGAUGAGAGAAACUACCACAUUUUCUACUGUAUGUUGAAAGGAAUGACGCCUGACCAGAAGAAGAAGCUCGGCUUGGGUAAAGCCACAGACUACACCUACCUUACUAUUGGAAACUGCACUGUUUGUGACGGUCGAGAUGAUCAGAAGGAAUAUUCAAACAUCCGCUCGGCCAUGAAGGUCCUCAUGUUCACAGACAAGGAGAACUGGGAGAUUUGCAAGCUGCUAGCCGCUAUUCUGCACAUGGGCAACCUGAACUAUGAGGCUCGCACAUAUGAUAAUUUGGACGCUUGUGAGGUCGUGCGAUGCUCGGAUCUCACCACUGCCGCUGUUUUAUUAGAGGUGGACUUGAAGGACCUGAUGAACUGCUUGACCAGCCGAACCAUAAUAACCCGUGGAGAGACGGUUUCCACUCCUCUGAGUAUUGAGCAGGCGCUGGAUGUGCGAGACGCUUUUGUAAAGGGCAUAUACGGACGCUUGUUUGUGUGGAUUGUUGAGAAAAUCAAUGCAGCCAUUUAUAAGCCUCCGUCCCUGGAGCUCAAAACAGUGCGGAGAUGCAUCGGCCUGCUCGACAUUUUCGGCUUUGAGAACUUCACUGUUAACAGCUUUGAGCAGCUGUGCAUCAACUUUGCCAAUGAAAACCUGCAGCAGUUCUUCGUCCGUCAUGUUUUCAAGCUGGAGCAGGAAGAAUAUAACAUUGAGAACAUAAACUGGCAGCACAUUGAGUUCACAGACAACCAGGACGCUUUGGACAUGAUCGCCAUAAAGCCCAUGAAUAUCAUCUCUCUCAUCGACGAGGAGAGCAAGUUUCCCAAGGGCACAGACACCACCAUGCUGAACAAACUCAACUCUCAACACAAACUCAACACCAACUACAUUCCCCCUAAAAACACGUACGAAACACAGUUCGGCAUCCAGCACUUUGCUGGUGUGGUCUACUAUGAAACCAGAGGUUUUCUGGAGAAGAAUCGAGACACGCUGCACGGUGACAUCAUUCAGCUCGUCCACUCCUCCAAAAACAAGUUCAUCAAGCAGAUCUUUCAGGCGGACGUUGCUAUGGGGGCGGAGACCAGAAAGCGUUCGCCGACCCUGAGCAGUCAGUUCAAGCGCUCUCUGGAGCUGCUGAUGCGCACACUGAGCGUCUGUCAGCCGUUCUUCGUCCGCUGCAUCAAACCCAACGAGUUCAAGAAACCCAUGCUCUUCGAUCGUGAGCUGUGUGUGCGGCAGCUGCGGUAUUCUGGGAUGAUGGAAACCAUCCGGAUUCGCCGGGCCGGAUACCCCAUCCGCUACACUUUCGUUGAGUUCGUGGACAGAUACCGUGUUUUGAUGCCUGGAGUGAAACCUGCUUACAAACAAGAGGACCUGAGAGGAACCUGUCAGCGUAUCGCUGAAGCCAUAUUGGGCCGUGAUGAUGACUGGCAGAUGGGAAAGACCAAGAUAUUCUUGAAGGACCAUCAUGACAUGCUGCUGGAAAUCGAGAGAGACAAGGCCAUAACUGAUAAGGUCAUUCUCAUUCAGAAAGUUGUCCGAGGAUUCAAGGACAGAUCCAACUUCCUGAAGAUGAAGAAAUCAGCCAUGUUGAUCCAGAAAACAUGGAGGGGUUAUUACUGUCGGAAGAACUAUGGAGCGAUGCGCGGUGGUUUCUCACGUCUGCAGGCGUUGUAUCGUUCUCGCAAACUCUACCAGACGUACCACAUCGCACGACAGAGAAUCACUCUUUUCCAGGGCCGCUGCAGAGGACACCUGGUGCGCCGGGCGUUUCGACACCGCCUCUGGGCCGUCAUCACCAUCCAGGCGUAUACGAGGGGCAUGAUCGCCCGCCGACUCUACAAAAGACUUAAAGGAGAGACAUCCAACUUCCUGAAGAUGAAGAAAUCAGCCAUGUUGAUCCAGAAAACAUGGAGGGGUUAUUACUGUCGGAAGAACUAUGGAGCGAUGCGCGGUGGUUUCUCACGUCUGCAGGCGUUGUAUCGUUCUCGCAAACUCUACCAGACGUACCACAUCGCACGACAGAGAAUCACUCUUUUCCAGGGCCGCUGCAGAGGACACCUGGUGCGCCGGGCGUUUCGACACCGCCUCUGGGCCGUCAUCACCAUCCAGGCGUAUACGAGGGGCAUGAUCGCCCGCCGACUCUACAAAAGACUUAAAGGAGAGGCGGCUCUGGCCGUGUGGAUCACGAUUCUCCGCUUCAUGGGUGACCUUCCAGAACCCAAAUACCACACGGCCAUCAGCGACGGCAGCGAGAAGAUCCCUGUCAUGACCAAGAUCUACGAGACGCUCGGCAAGAAGACCUACAAGAGAGAGCUGCAGGCUCUGCAGGGAGAAGGAGAGAACUCUCACACUGAAAGUCACAAGAAGAGCAGUGUGCGUCACAAGCUGGUGUCGCUCACCCUGAAGAAGAAGUCCAAGAUUACAGAGGAGGUGGCCAAGCGUCUGAAUGACGGUGAAUACACAGUCCAUGGAAACAGCAUGCUGGAGGACCGACCCACAUCCAACCUGGAGAAGCUGCACUUCAUCAUCGGCAACGGCAUCCUUCGGCCAGGCCUGAGAGAUGAGAUCUACUGUCAGAUCUGUAAGCAGCUGACCCAGAAUCCUUCUAAAAGCAGUCACGCUCGCGGCUGGAUUCUCAUGUCUCUGUGUGUCGGCUGCUUCGCUCCCUCUGAGAAGUUUGUGAAGUACUUGAGGAACUUCAUCAGUGAAGGUCCUCCGGGUUACGCUCCCUACUGCGAGGAGAGACUGAGGAGAACAUUUGCAAACGGAACAAGAACACAGCCGCCCUCCUGGCUAGAGCUUCAGGCCACGAAAUCAAAGAAGCCGAUAAUGCUGCCUGUGACGUUUAUGGACGGAACCACAAAAACCCUGCUGACGGACUCAGCGACCACAGCCAAGGAGCUCUGCAACGCGCUGUCCGACAAGAUCAGCCUCCAGGAUCGAUUCGGCUUCUCCCUGUACAUUGCUUUGUUUGAUAAGGUGUCGUCUCUGGGCAGCGGUAAUGAUCACGUGAUGGACGCCGUGUCUCAGUGUGAGCAGUACGCUAAAGAGCAGGGCGCGCAGGAGCGCAACGCACCCUGGAGGCUGUUCUUCAGGAAGGAGAUAUUCACGCCGUGGCACGACCCGACGGAGGACAGCGUCGCUACCAACCUCAUCUACCAGCAGAUCGUGCGCGGCGUCAAGUUCGGCGAAUACCGCUGUGAUCGGGAGGAUCUGGCGGAGCUGGCGUCGCAGCAGUAUUACGUGGACUACGGCUCUGAGAUCCUUGUGGAGCGCCUGUUGAGUCUUAUUCCAUCCUACAUCCCCGACAGAGAGAUCAGCUCGGCCAAAACCGUGGAGAGAUGGGCUCAGUUCAUCAUGGCUGCGCACAAAAAGGUGCCAAACUUGAAAAGUGGCGUACAUUCGACAAAAUCCUCACAAAACUUGUCAAGAAAACAUGGUAACGCAGAGGACAUACGGGACCUGGUGGUCACCUUCCUAGAGGGGCUCAGGAAGAGAUCCAAGUUUGUUGUGGCCUUGCAGGACAACCCCAGUCCAGCCGGCGAUGAUUCAACGUUCCUGAGCUUCCGGAAAGGUGACCUCAUUCUGUUGGACCAGGACACGGGCGAGCAGGUCAUGACAUCCGGCUGGGCUCACGGGAUCAACGACAGAACCAAACAGAGAGGAGACUUCCCUGCAGACUGUGUUUAUGUGCUGCCCACAGUCGUUAGACCUCCGUCUGAUAUCGUGGCUUUGGUUACCAUGACACCAGACCAACGGCAGGAGUCGAUCCGGAUUUCCCAUGUUCCUGUAAUGGAGACGGAGGAGAGGAUAAAGCCGUACACGCUGGAGGAAUUCUCCUAUGACUACUUCAGGCCUCCUCCCAAACACACGCUCAGUAGAGUGAUGAUCACCAAGAACCGCGGGAGAGACAAACUGUGGUGCUGCACACGAGAGCCCAUCAAACAGGCCCUGCUGAAGAAGUGUGUGGGCCAUGAGGAGCUUUCCCAGGAGGCCUGCAUGGCUUUCAUUGCUAUAAUGAAAUAUAUGGGCGAUUAUCCGUCCAAGCGGACGCGGUCUGUGAACGAGCUCACAGACCAGAUCUUCGAGACUGCGCUGAAGGCAGAGCCUCUGAAAGAUGAGAUCUACUGCCAGAUCAUCAAACAAAUGACUGAAAACCAUGUCAAGUACAGUGAGGAGAAGGGCUGGGAGUUGCUCUGGUUGUGUGCCGGUCUCUUUCCUCCCAGUAACGUCCUCUUACCGCACGUCCAGAGGUUUCUACAGUCGAAGAAACAUCAUCCGCUGGCUUCUGACUGCAUGCAGAGACUGCAGAAAGCUUUACGGAGUGGUUCCCGCAAGUAUCCGCCGCACCUUGUGGAGGUGGAGGCUAUUCAGCACAAGACCACACAGAUCUUUCACAAAGUCUACUUCCCCGACGACACUGAUGAGGCGUUUGAGGUGGAGUCCAGCACGAAGGCCAAAGACUUCUGUCUGAACAUCUCCGGCAGACUGCUGCUCAAAUCACCCGACGGCUUCAGUCUGUUUGUCAAGAUCUCUGAUAAGGUGAUAAGUGUACCUGAGGGUGAUUUCUUCUUCGACUUUGUCCGCCAUUUGACAGACUGGAUCAAGAAAGCGAGACCCGCUAAAGAUGGUAUAGUGCCUUCAUUGACCUACCAGGUGUUUUUCAUGAAGAAGUUGUGGACGAUCACCGUUCCAGGCAAAGACUCCUUCGCAGACUCCAUCUUCCAUUAUUAUCAGGAACUUCCCAAGUAUCUGCGUGGAUAUCAUAAAUGCUCCAGAGAAGAGGUUUUCCAGCUCGGCGCUCUGAUCUACCGGGUCAAAUUCGAGGAUGACAAAUCCCACUUUCCCAGCAUUCCCAAGAUGCUGAAGGAGCUGAUUCCUCAGGACCUGAUUCGCCAGCUCUCGCCCGAUGACUGGAAAAGGUCGAUUGUGGCGUACUUCAACAGACAUGCUGGGAAAUCAAGGGAGGAAGCCAAGCUGAUGUUUCUGAAGAUCAUUUUCAAAUGGCCCACAUUUGGCUCUGCCUUCUUUGAAGUGAAGCAAACCACGGAGCCACACUUCCCUGAGAUCCUGUUGAUAGCCAUCAAUAAAUAUGGAGUCAGUCUGAUCGACCCCAAGAACAAGGAUAUUUUAACCACGUAUCCCUUCACUAAGAUUUCCAACUGGAGCAGCGGGAACACGUACUUCCACAUCACUAUCGGCAACCUGGUUCAGGGCAGCAAGCUUCUGUGCGAGACGUCACUGGGCUACAAAAUGGAUGACCUGUUGACGUCCUACAUCAGCCAGAUGCUGACCACCAUGAGCAAGCAGCGGAAUUCACGCGGCCACAGCAAGUGAACGUUUGAUUGGCGUGAGGCGGCGGAGCUGGUGCGUCUGCUGCGGCCUAUUGGUCGGCCGUGCAGCUGGGGGCGGGCCUUCGCAUCCCAGCUGUGGCGAAUGAGCCGCACCCCCUCUGCCAGCUCCCAGGGCUCUGUGUGUCCCGAUGAAGACUCUUCAUCUGCCUCCAGUGAGGAUGACUACCUCUGAGCAAAGCUCCUGUCUCCGUCUGCUGUUAGGAAAUGGCAUGUGAAGAACUGGAUUUAUGUGUUUUUUGUUGGAUGAUUUGCUCUAGAAUAUGUAUUACAUGUUUUAAUGCACAAUUUAGAUACCAUUUACUAAGUUUUGUCAAAUUCAGCCGAGUCGAUUAUGAACUGGAAUGGCUUAGCUACAUGCAUCCUGAAGCAUUAUUUAUGUGGUUAAAAAAGAAAAAUACUUGCAUGAGUUUCUGGAGGGUUGUGAAUGAAUCUUUUAAUGGCAGCAAAAAAAGAACUUUUAUAAUCAUUCAAAUUUUAGUUUGUGUUCCAUUUGAAAAUUCUGUGAUUUCAAUUUAUUUGAUUCACUUUUUAAAGUUACAAUGCAGGCCUUAUUUUUUAUUUUUUUUUGAAGACUAGUAACCGUUUUUACGUGCAUCUUAAAGUAAUAGCCUAAAAAUGAACAUUUUAUGAAAAAGUGUACUCAUCCUCACACCGUCCAGGAUGUAGAUGUUUGUUUUAGCACUGAAAUUUGAAAUUUAGCACUAUAUCGCUUGCUCACCAAUGGAAGUGAAUGGGUGCCGUCAGAAUGAGAGUCCAAACAGCUGAUAAAAACAUCACAAAAUGUCAUUUUUUGGGUGAACUAAUCCUUUAAAAUUGUUACAUGAUCAGCAUUCAUCUCUUGAUCUGCCACUAUAACCUUAUUUCCGUGAGUCCCGAGUCUAUUAAAUACAUGUUGAAGUGUAUUUUGUAAAUGAAAGAAGAAAAAAAGAAAGAUACAUGGCCUUAUUUAAAAAAAAAAUAAAUAAAAUGAUUUACAUAAAGAUGAACCAUAGAAACCUGUCAAUAACAUGUUUAGGUCAUAUUUCACCCUGAGGAAAAAAUAUUUUUGCAUAGAGGAAAAUGAAACCUGUUUUUGUAGCGUUCAUGCAUCACAGAAGUAUUUGUUGCACUGCUUUUAAUGUACAAUUUAAAAACUUUAGAAUGUAAGUGUUUGGGAUUUAAUUUAAUAAUUUGUGUAAAGACCAUAAAAUGUUCAGAUGCACUAGACCAAACUGAGAUCUUAAAAACAGGAUUAAUGUACAUUUAAUCAUUUUUUAUUGCUUUUUGAAAUGAUUUUGGGGUGAAAUGUGACCUUGACAUGUUUUGUUGAUAGAUAUGCUAGAUGUCCUUAAAGUUAUCAAGUUUUGAAUGACUGUUGUCGCUUGUGUAUAUCGGAGCAGUAGGUUUGCACUCUUUUUAUUAAUUCAUGGCCUUUAUUUGCACCAAAUAUGUACUUCAACACAAUUAUUUGACUGACUUACUGUAACAUCAGACACUAACCUGAACUCAUCUGUUUCUUGUGUUUUGUGUGCUAAUUCAUUUAAGAACAAAGUUCUGACUACGGUUAUUUAGCCACUCUUUUAUGCAAAGGCACCAUAUUAGUUAACAUUUUAUAUAACAUGUUCCAGUAAAAAGUGUAACAGUACAUCAAUGAAAAUUAAACGUGUUCAACACAUUUUUGUGACAUGAUACUCUCAUUGUAACAUCAAAUCUUUUGUGAUACGUAUCGAGGCAUAUAUUGACUCUGCUAAAAAUAUUUUUAUUUAGGCUAUUAGAGAUGAUGAUAUAGAGUAACAAAAAACUUUGAUCAGAAUAUCAUCAGUUUACAGACACAAGUUGCAUUAAGACAGAUCAAGUAAUAGAACUCAUUCUCGGCAUUGCAUUUUAUACAGGCUGGAAUGUUUCAGCAUCCCAUGGUAAGAGAAACAUCUGGAGCAAAAAACAUGUAUGCAAGCCAGAGCAUGACCACUGAACAUGCAAACGCUGCUAAUGACGAGGAAAGAGCGUUUGGUCACUUGCAAAGGAAGACCUUUACGCUCAUCACAUUAAUCAGAAACCUUGCAUUUAAUUAGAGGUUGAUUAAAGUGAGCACUUGAAGUUUCAUGACAGCAAUUCCAGCGAUCUAAAUCUAUCAAAUCCGGAUUGUCUGUUUGGCUAGUUAUUGUCUUCCUGAUUGUAAAUGUUUGUCAAUUUGAUCACAUCAUGCAAUGGAUCUGACAUCUUAAAUAUUUCUCAAACACUCUGGAUUAAAUCCAAUGUUAUAGUUCAUUUUACCAUGCGUCAGACUGCAGUAAUCAGGCUGUUUGCAUCUGGGUCUGAAAUAUGGCAAAUUCAGUCUUUAAUGAUAAAAACGAACUUCACAGAAGCAACAGAAACUGGAUGAUGGAUUCAUCUAAUGCCACCAAUUCUGAAAAUAAUUGGUCAAAUACAUUUGAUAUUUUUUAACAAAAUAUCACUAACAUAACAUUUUCAAUGCAUUACCUCCGAGUACCAUGUAAAUACCAUGGCACAUGAAUUACAUGGUACUGGCACAGUAUAAAAAAGCAUUUCACCCUAGAAUAGGAAAUAACAUUUAUUGUUAUUAUUAACAUAUAAUAAUAUUUGG